GGAUGGGGUAGAGAACCUGCUUUACUCCAACCCUGAACGUACUGGGCAUAAAUAGAGAAAGUAAAAUUGCUAAACUAGGGUAACUGACAUGAUAGGCCAGGCAAAACUCAGUUUGAUGUUACUGUAGACAGCAUUCAGAACUGAGGAUUAGGUAAAGACUAGACUUGAUGUUUUUCUUACCGGUUCGAGAGGCAUUUUGGUAGCCAAUUUACAGAGGAACCUGAAGACAACUGGAGAUGAGGGACAUGCCGUGGAUAUAUGCUGCGAUUAUCCUCUUGUUGCCUAAGGCAUGCCGUGUUUCAGUUGUCAGAAAUGAAGCUUUCAAUGUGGGGAGUGAUGUUAACCUGACAUGCAGCAAUAAAACAUGGAAUGAGAUGAUGUAUGUCAUCUGGACAAUAGACAUGAAAUACAAUACAAAAGAUUGUAAGAUAGCCUUUGACACUGAAGGCCGAAGCGAUGACUCCUGCAAAGAUGGAAAGUCACUUCGAAACACAUCCAGUGCUCAGUCAUACCUGCACAUCCCAAACUUCUCAGAUAAUGAUGUGGGGGUCUACAAGUGUGAGUCAGUUUACAGAGGAGCAAAUGAAAAUUAUGAGAUCAACGUGGCUAUAACAGUUCCUCCCAGUAUAUCAGCCUGGUUAGAGCGCAAGGACAACAGGAUGGUGGCAGUGUGCAAAGCUGAAAGUGGAAUACCUGCUGCCAACAUCAGCUGGAGUCAUAUGGGAAACUCAUCAACUGUGGAAACAUUGCUUGACUCACGUGGAUUUUAUACAGUAGAAAGUCUUCUGGAGCUUCCAGAAGGAAUGGAUACAGUUAACCUGAGCUGUGUGAUCAGGCACCCAUACUGGAAAGGGGAAAAGAUUUUGGUACCGGAGCUCCAAAAAGGGUAUGUUCUAUGGCUGUGUGUCCUUAUCGUUGUGGUGAUCAUUGUGUUUUUGGCAGGAGUAUUAUUUUUUGCACAAAAGAAAAUAAUAAUGUUAAGGCAAUGCCAGCAGUCCGACGACACCUCAUCACCAUCCAAGUCUCCACCGAUAGAGGAUGUGGAGGAAGUGGAGCCCUAUGCCAGCUAUAUUCAACGUGUGAACUCUAUCUAUAACUCAUCUGAUUUGUACACAUAAAAUCCUGCACAUGCAUCACACACACACACACACACACACACACACACACACACACACACACACACACACACACACACACACACACACACACUUACAUGCACAUGGCUCUUUGUGAGAAACUGAAGGCUGUGAAACUGAGAACUGAUGAAAUAGUAAAGAGCGAUGAGUGUGAGAUGAAAGAGUUCCGAGAAGAGAGGGAAACCUCUCAGUUUGAUUCUGUCCUAAACUCUUGACUGGUGGAACAGGGGAUGUACCUAAUAUCAGACACUCUGCCACACAUGCACAGUACAUGCAGCCCACUACUCUCAUGGAGAACUUUAAUAAUAACUACAAAUGCAGUGAACGGCUGAAUUGGAAAGAAUACCGCCUUCAGCCAGACGCAGCACGCCAAGACUACAGAACUAAAGACUUUUCAUGCUGUCAUGAAAUACAUGGGCUGCAAUUAUAUAAUGAUUAUUAUUGUUACUAUUAUUACACAUAUUUAUAGUUUAACUGUAUAAAGAUGCUCCUAAUGGAUUCUUGCUGCAGUUAAUCCAGUAAAAGUGCCAAGUAGAGAACAGGUGUAAUUUAGUCACAGAAGUGUCUCAAGAUAAUGUAGACAUUAUUAUAUUAAGUAUUCAUGUUUUUGUAUGUAAUUGCACACGUUAAAAUACAUCUCUGCUCAAAAUGUACUUGUUUGAAUGCCUACCUUUUGUAACUUUUUAUCAACA